GGGUGGGGCGGGGCUCGGGCGGAGCCCCAGGAACCCCAGUAGCCAGCCACGGUGUCUGGCCUAAAGGCCGAGGCGGCCCCCGGGGAGCAGCAGCUGCGGAGCCCGGAGGAGGCGACAUGGCCAUCGUCUCAGAAGAUAGAUUUUACCACAGCUCCAACUCCGUGUACAAAACCCCAAAUGGCCCUCCACCAGAUGAACAGUCGCCCUUGUUGGAAGGACAGCCAGGAAGCCAUUAUGGCUCUCCCAAGCCUCAUGAUCGCUACCAUGGGGCUUAUAUUAUCUUCUUUAGCAUGGGAAUCGGUUCUCUACUUCCCUGGAACUUCUUUGUCACUGCAAAGGAGUAUUGGAUGUACAAACUGCAGAACUGCUCUGCCCAGGGAAACUCAGACAUUCAGAACUACUUUGAGAGUUAUAUUUCCAUUGCCUCAACGGUACCCUCCGUCUUAUGCCUCAUAGGGAACUUCCUCUUGGUCAACAGGGUGUCAGUCCACGUCCGUGUCUUGACCUCCUUGGUGAUUCUCUUGGCGGUGUUUGUGGUGAUAACGGUGUUGGUGAAAGUGGACACCUCCUCGUGGACGUUUUCCUUCUUCAUCAUCACCAUCCUCUGCAUGGUGGUCCUCAGUGGCACGGCCACCAUCUUCAGCAGCAGCAUCUUUGGCCUGACAGCCUCCUUCCCCAUGAGGAAUUCCCAAGCUUUGUUAUCAGGUGGGGCUAUGGGGGGAACCAUCAGUGCUGUGGCCUCAUUGGUGGAUCUGGCAAUAUCCGAUGAUGUGACGGACUGUGCCCUGGCUUUCUUUCUGACAGCAGACAUCUUCAUUGUGAUCUGCAUUGUGUUGUAUCUGAUCCUCCCCAAGCUUGAAUAUGCCAGGUAUUACAUGAAACCAACCCAACCAAGCCACGUGUUUUCAAGUGGCUCCUUUGGUGAAGAAGAGCAGCCUUCAGACCUCCUCAAAACUCCAUCACAGGUCAGCAAGACCAUGGAUCCAAGCGCACCACCUCUUCGCUUCAUCCUGAAGAAAACAGCUACCCUGGGCUUCUGCGUGGUCUAUGUCUUCUUCAUCUCCAUCAUCAUUUUCCCUUCCCUCUCCUCCAACAUAGAAUCAGUCAACAAGAGCUCUGGAUCUCUGUGGACCAACAAAUUCUUUGUCCCUCUCACAAUCUUCUUCUUGUACAACAUAGCUGACUUGUGUGGCCGGCAGAUCCCUGCUUGGAUUCAGAUCCCAGGGCCCAAAAGCAAACUUCUCCCUGGUCUAGUUCUUCUCAGGACCUUCUUUGUUCCUCUUUUCAUCUUCUGUAACUAUCAGCCUCGGCUCCACCUGGACAAGGUAUUCUUUAAUUCUGAUAUAUACCCAUCCGUCUUUAUCUCACUCUUGGGAUUCAGCAAUGGCUACCUCAGCACCUUGGCACUGAUGUAUGGCCCCAAGAUCAUGCCCAAGGAGCUGGCUGAAGCUACUGGGAUACUGAUGUCAUUUUACCUGUGUCUGGGCUUAGCUUUGGGUGCAGCCUGCUCUGCCUUCGUGGUCCAUCUCAUCUAGGAGGUUGGAAAAAGACGGCAAUCUUUGUGCCAACCUGGCCCUUGAAGACAGCUCAAGAACAAAGCAGAAGAGCAUGAGAAGUAGCAGUUAGGUCACCCAUGGUGCCCAUCUUAUAUGAGGAACCUUUUGAAGAAGAGGAAGGUCCAUUAGUCAUUCAUGGACCAUUGAUUGAGUUCUCCCUAUUACCUGUUAUUUUUGGAGACCACCAAAGGGAAUAAACCAAUCUACACUCAAGCAACUUGAAGUCUAAACUUCUUUCCAUCACCAUCCAGACCUGGGAAGAACAUAGGAUGCUCCAAAAGAAGCAUUAUAAAUUAGACAUUUGAACUUCACUAAAAAGGACAUUAAGAAGGGUCUACAGAGGGAACCGAAAGCUUGCAUUGGAGGAAGACCUGUCACUGGUAAACUGGAUUACUGGGGUCAAAUCUCUUCCUCUCUCAGUACCCUAGGCAACUCUGUAAGACUAAAGGUUGCAGAUUUUCAGACUGCAUCAUUGAAGGGCAUUUUCACUCUGGAAUUUCCCUAAACUGGCGAAAUCACAAGUCCAGGCCAAAACAAGCCAUUCUACUGUGAAAUAUAUUCCUUUAUUUGCUAUGGAUAGAACAAUCCUUUUUUUUUUUCUUUAAUAGUUUGAGCUGGUUUCUUGCUCUUCUAAUAUCCAACAAUUACCAGUCAUUCAACCUCUCACUUUUUUUGGUUUGUGCCAAAACCCCAACAAAACUCUUUUUACUAAGCUUGAGUUCUUGUGGGUUCCUUAAAGCCUUGUCUCUCCCUGGGAUGCAGCGAUACAGAAUUCUUGACUGGCUGCUGGAGAGCUGGGGGCUCUCUCUAUGGCUCACUUCUACCCUGAAGGAUUCUUCUUGGAAUGACUUUGUCAUUGGCCAGAGGAACAAUUUUCAGCUAGUCCUUCAAUUCCAGAAGAGAGGCUUUUAUAUUCUGCUAGGAAGAUGCCAUUUGUCAAAUACCCAUAUAACACAGGAUCAUAAAUUGAGGCUCGGGAGGGACCUUUGACAUCAUGUAGUCCAACCUCCUCAUUUUACAGAUGAGGAAACUGAGACACAGAGAGGUAUCAGAGGUCACACAAGUAUUAAUAAGGGACAUUUAUAUAACUUCGAAGUUUACAAAGCACUUUAUAUUAUCUUGUUUGCACCUCAAAACAAUCCUAUGGGGUGGGUAGUAUGGGCAUUAUCUUUAUUUCCCAGGAGAAGAACUUGAGGCUUAAUGAGUAUCCAUGAGACCAUAGAUGGUCAGGGUCAGGCAAGAUUUGAACCUAGAUCUUCCUGAUCUUCACAUUCAAUGCUUUAUCCACUCUAUCAUGCAACUGACUCCAAAUUCAGGACUUUUUCCACUACACUAGAGAUUCUUAACCUUUUCUGUAUCCUGGAUGCUUUUGACAGCCUAGUGAAGCCUCAGGACCCUUUCUCAGAAUAAAAUCUUUAAGUACAUAAAUUAACAUGCAUAGAAUGACAAAAGGAACCUAUUCUACCCAAAUAGAAUUAUCAAUUUUUUUUAAGUUCAUGGAAGCUAAGUGGCUCAUUGAAUAGAGAGCCAGGCUUGGAGAUGGGAGGUCCCAGAAUCAAAUUUGACCUCAGAUACAUCCUAGCUAUGUGACCCUGGGUAUGUCACAUAACCCCCAUUUCCUAGUCAUUACUGUUCUUCUGCUUUAGAACCAAUUCACAAAAUUGAUUCUAAAAUGGAAGAUAAAGAUUUUUUUAAGUUCAUAGACCUCAGUUUAAGAGCCCCUUAGAAUUUAACUUGGGGUUACCCUCUAAUUUUUAGUUAAAAGCUCUGUUUUGCAUGCAGCAAUUUUUCAAUGUAAAAAUAAACUUAAUUUUCUCUUUUUUGCUCUAAAAUUUCUCCGACCCCUCCAUACUGGACCUUUGGAAAGCAUGAUGAAUUCUGCCAUUAGAGCCCAGAAGUGAUCCAUAGUCAAGUUAACUUGGGAAAUUCCAUUCUACAAUGUGCUGCCCACCUGUCUUAGGAAAUUAUCAGAGAUGAUAUUGGUGGAAUAGUGGGAGUGUCUCCUAAAACGUAACAAAAGGCGAAUUUGGAACCGGGUAUGCCAGAAGGUUGGGGGCUUGGGAGAGAUUUCUCAAGGGAAGGAGAAGCAAUUGGGGAGACAUACUGAGGGAGAGGAAAGGAUCAUGGGAUGGCCAUGGGAAAGUCACUCGAUCGCCUUGAACUCCAAUUUCUUCAAACAAUUUGAGGAAAAUACAAUAUAUCUACCUCAUGAGGUUGUUAUUGUUAUAAGGAAAGUGAUUUUUCAAACACUAAGCCACUUAAAUGUCCAAGACUGCAUUGAGAUCAUGCCAUAUAGGAUCACUUGAAAGACUGAGGGAUGAUCACUCUGGAGAAGGGAACACUUAAGGGAGAGAGAGUAGCUAUCUUCAAGAAUUUGAAAGGUUGUCACAUGGGAGAAGGGCUAGACUUGUUUUUGGUUGCCUCUUGAGGAUAGACCCAGGAGUAACCACUGGGAAUUUCAGCUUGAUUCAAGGAAAAGUUUCCUGACACUUAGAGUCAUCCAGAAUGGGCCAUCUAGGAGACAGUUUAGUUCCCUCCCUUUUUUUUUUCAUCCUUACUUUCUGUCUUAAUGACAACUCUAAGACAAAAGGGCAAAGGCUAGGCAAACAAGAUAAAGUGACUUGCCCAGGGUCACACAGCUAGGAAGUGUCUAAGGUCAGAUUUGAACCCUGGACCUCCUUUUUCCAAGCCUGACUCUCAAUUCACUAAGCUCCCUAACUGCCCCAUUUAGUUCCCUCUUAAUGACAGCUGGAUGAUCACUUGUCCAGAGUGUGAUCGAGGGAAUUUUCAGUCAAGUUAGGCUAGGCUAGCUAACCCCUGAGACUGUUUUCAACUCUGAGAUUCUCUGAGUUCUGCUGCCAACAGUUCUGUAACCAUGGCCAAUCACAGGACCAAAAAGGACCUGCAUCAUUGUCAUUCCAUUAACUCAGGUGUCUCCUUUCACCGAGUCUCAUGUGGAUUUACAGUUCUUUAAGAGGACUCCACAGGGAUUCUAUGGGUUGACUCCGCACUGUUGCCAUUUAUAACAUGACAAUGUCUGUACAUUUGUUUCAGGGACCAACUAAUACUUGUGAGUUUAAUAAAAACUAGAUGGUAUGGUA